AAAGAAGCUCCGCUCUCUUUCCUCGAGCUAUAGCCCUGCAAUGAUCCUCCACUUCGUACCCUCUCACUCUUUAAUAAUUUUUGUUCUACUAGUUCUCUUUUGCUUGAGCCGUACGAGCGAUUCUCACGAUCGGAUCGCUAGUCAGGAUGAGCUCCUCGUCUCGGUCUCAUAGGUCGAGGCACGCAACAAGCGUAGCCAGGGUCAUGUACACCAACGCCGUCUACUUUCCAAACAGUCGCAUUUACCAGGGCGACACCCCCGGCAUGCUCAACUACAGCUGUAUCAACCGCGUGUAUUAUGCUUAUGCCAGCGUCGCGCCGGAUGGCGGUGUGUUUCUGAGUGACGAAUGGGCUGAUGCAACAGCCCCGGUAGACGGGGUUCAGGGCGGCCUGGGAUCGCUGAUGCACCUCAAGCAGACUCAUCCUCACCUCCAGGUGCUCUUGUCUAUCGGGGGCCCGGCUGCGUGCGAGAUAUAUCCCGUUGUUGCAGGCGACAAUUUGCGUAGAGACAACUUCGCCCGGUCCGCCUUGGGUCUUGUGGAAGCUUCCGGCUUAGAUGGAAUAGACAUCGUCUGGGAGUACCCGUCUGAUGCCGAGCAGGGCUAUAAUUUCCUUGCAUUGCUGGCGAGUGUUCGAUCUCACUUCAACAGCGAGCGCUACACGGUGACGGCGGCUCUGCCGGCCAGCAAAGCAAUUCUUCAACUCCUCGACCUGGGACAGGCAGCCCAGUACCUCGACUUCAUUAACUUGAUGGCCUAUGAUUUUUUUGGGCCAUGGUCCCCGAAAAGCGGCCACCACUCGCAGCUAUAUGCUAUGAGUCGAGACGAAACCUCGGCAGCUUCUGGAGUCGCUCAUGCCAUGGCGCAAGGUUUUCCGGCGCAGAAAAUACUUCUUGGGAUCGCAACACAUGGGAGGAGCUUUUUGCAUGCCUCUGGACCGGGGCAAAAAUUUCGAGGCGGAGGAGGCAACGAUGGGGCAUUUGAGUAUAACCAGCUUCCUCGGAGGGGAUGCAGGGAGACGGUGGACAAGCGUCACGUUGCGGCGCAAUGCGUGGGUGCCGAUGGAGGCUUCGUCACAUACGACAACCCCGAAACCGUCAAGACGAAGGUAGGGUUUUGCAAGCAAAAGGGACUGGGGGGACUGUACUACUGGAAUGCCCCAGCCGACGCGAGAGACAGCUCACGCAGCCUGAUUGCAGCGGGCUUCCGUGCAUUGCACUCGUCGUGACACGAUGUUCAUUGUCGUAUCUCAUGGCGGGAGUCCCGCAGGGCCGCGGUACCACGGGCAUCUCUUAAGACGACCGGUCUCGAGCCAUGUAUCACUCUUGCCACACAUCAACGCGUGAUAGCAUGCCCACCCAGGCCACGGAAGUACUCUCAGCCAGGGAUGUCGCAGUAAGAAUACGGAGCUUCGAGGACGGGAACAUGACUUGCCACUACGGCGCAGCCGUGGAUGGAAAUAGGUUGACGUCGCCAUGCCUCGGGUGCAUUUUAGCCGGAACGAGACAAGGUGUAAGUGAAAGCGCCUGUGAGGAGCGCUGCCGAGGCGUGUCAUGGACGAAGGUGGGCGGCUUUGGCAAUACAUGGCUUAUCAACCUAGCAAGGCCGAGCCGACGAAGCCAUAACACGAGCCGCGUGUGCCAGUUAUCCAAACAGCUCAGUUUUACGUCGUGAGCGGGUCCAUGCCUGGCACAGGGGUCUUAGUAGUUUUACGGGUUCGCACAAUCUCGGUCAGUCGCGCCGGGCAAUGCCGCGUUUGGUAACGCAGCCGGCCGAGUUGGGCCGAAAACGGUAGAGUGAUGCCGUGCGGAAGCAGGCAGAGAGACGGGGCUACAGGGCAUCCUUCUAUCUGCAUGGCUGCUGAUACGUACGUAGCUCAUGAGGGACCAACAGUCUCGGCAGUGUUCCUUGUUGAGUCGAAACGAACGCAAGGCACAGAACGGGUAGCCAUACGGAGUCGCCGGGGCUGUCAAGAGCACCUUCUUCAUCUGGGGUCAGCCGGGCAGGAGGAUACGGAAAGGGGUGACGAGUGGCAGCAACGAACGGGGUUGAGAAGUUGAGGCGGUCAGACAGCUUGUUGGGUGGG